AUGCAAAGGACCGUCGUUACCAUCAAUAGCAAUGGCCGCCAGGCGGCGAGCUUCAUUCGGGUUGCUGCCGCACUGGGUUGGCAGGUGCGCGCGCAAAUGAAAGAUCUGGACGGGAUAGUGGCGCAAGAGUUGGCUGAGUUAGACAAUGUCACCGUUUACAUCGGACGCCUGGAGGACACCAAAUUUCUCGACAAUCUGUUCAAGAGCGCACAAUGCGCAUUCAUCAAUACCACACAUUGGGGAGACGAGGUUGCGAUUGGCCGAUCGCUAGCCGACGCCGCAAAGAGAGCUGGGAUACAACACUACAUUUACUCGAGCAUGCCAGAUCACUCCGUCUUUGGUCACAACUGGAGGUCUUUGCCACUAUGGUCGCCAAAAUUCACAGUCGAGCAGUACAUCCGGCAAAUUGGCCUCCCGGCGACUUUUGUCUACUGCGGCAUCUACCACAACAAUUUCACAGGCCUGGACUUUCCGCUGUUCCGCAUGCAGCACCAAUACGAUGGAAGUUUUGAAUGGCAGGCGCCUUUUCACCCAGACCAGCCAUUGCCGUGGUUAGACUCGGAGCACGACGUUGGGCCAGCUAUCUUUCAGUUAUUCAAGGAAGGUCCGCGAAAGUGGAACGGCAAGCGGGUACCACUGGCAUUUGCCAUGAUGACACCAAAGGAAGUUUGCAGAGCUUUCAGCCGCGGUCUCAGGAGACCAGUCUGCUACAAGCGGGGCCCCAUAGUGAUCCACGUUCCCACUCCUACGGGCUACCGGGAGCACCUUUCCGCGCUCGAGUAUACUCUCGGCGAGAAGGGCGCACCUUAUUUCGGCCCGGAUAUCGAGCCAGCAUGUCCCAAGGUUGCUCUUGAGCUGUGGGAAGGCAAUCGUUCCAUGGAGGAGUACGCGCAGGAGGUGUUCCCCGUCGAAGAGGCCGCCAAUGGCAUGACGUGGAUGGAAGAGGUAGAGACGCCUCGUCGAGAAAUCGAGAUUGAUUUCGAACAGAUCAAUUGCUGA